AUGUGCCAUGACGCCUCAGCGAAGGUGGUGAAGGGCGGCGUGCCCACAUUGGCCUCAGAUGCCUGGGCGCUAGGGUGCGGUGUGUUUACUCUACCAGCUGUUGACUGGGCGUCCACCGGUUUGGGCUGGGGGCCCCUGCGGGCCCCAUGGGGCCCCAUGGCCUGCUACAGCCAUGCCUGGAUGAUCAUGGCUGAUAGUGAGCUGGAGGAGGCGGCAUGUGAUGAUGACAAAACCAACUGUGCUUUGUAUACAGCCAGCAAAAUGAGGGAAGACACAUCACGAGAUGUGCCAGCAGUUUCGGAAGGUCGUAAAGUCCGCAUCGAAGGUGCGGAAGGUGCGGAAGGUGCGGCGGCUACACCGCUGGAGGAGUUCCGAAGACUGCUGGGUCAAUUGAAGCAGCAGUAUAUGGCGGCUCUUUCCUCGAAUGUGCAGAAUGCCCAGGGUCCCCAGCGUCCCCAGGGUGGAAAGGAGUUGGAGGCAGAGAAUUCCACAAGCUCGGCGAUCGGAAUUCCGCCCUUUGAUUCUCAGCUCGCAACCAUUCGUACCUCCGACGAACCUGCUCCUUCAGCAGGAGCCGACGUGUCAUACUCCGGAGAAUCAGAGGCGGAGUCGUCUCAAGCGACCAUGAAAUCCACACCCCUGACGACCGUGAAAGAAACUUUAUCCUCAAGGCGCUCCUCGGAAUCGCUGAAGGAUGAUACAGAAUGUUACCCAGAGGAUGUCACGCACGAUUUCCGCGAGGAGGAUCUACCGAAGGCGAAGUCGACUUGGGACAGGUGCCGCAGCUUCUUGCAAAGUGACAUCUAUGAAUUGGUGAUGGGCUUGUUGAUUAUUGUCAACUCCAUCAGCAUGUUCGUGGAGUUUGAAUUUCAAGGCUAUGUUGUGGGACACAGUCUGGACUAUCCUCGGAUGCAUAAACCACCCGAGCAGGUGUGGCCCUCUGCCCAGCACGUCUUUGAUACGAUGAACCUGGCCUUCACCAUCACCUUCCUGGUGGACAUCGUCCUGCGCAUUGGAUUCUUGAGAUCGCAAUUCUUUCGCCUGUCCUUCAACUGGUUGGAUUUCCUGGUGGUCUUAUGCAGUGUGGUUGAAAUCCUGUUUGAAGAACUCCUCCCGCUGGACACGGUCUUCAUUCGUCUCUUACGUUUGGGCAAAGUGGCACGAGCCAUCCGGGUGGUGCGGCAAACCGAGGGCAUGUCCUCCCUGAUCAUGCUGCUGAAAUGCGUGCAAGCGAGCUUCAACACCCUUUGCUGGUCCUUGAGUUUCAUUGUGGUGCUGCAGUGCAUUGCCGGAAUGGUGAUUAGCCAAGUGGUUUCUCAGUACAUGACAGAUGAUACGAUCAGCCCUGAAGCGAGACGAGCUGUUUUCAGGUACUAUGGAACCUUUACGUCAACUUUUCUCACCAUGUUUGAGGUGCUACUCGCCAAUUGGGCUCCAGCUGCCAGAAUUUUGGUGGACAAUGUCAGUGACAUCUGGGUCUAUGUCUUCGUGGUCUAUCGUUGUGUGGUGGGGUUCGCCAUUCUGAACGUGGUUAACGCCGUUUUCAUCCAGCAGACCAUGCGCGUGGCACAAGCAGAUCAAGAACUGAUCAUCAAACAGCGGAUCAGGGCCGAAUCAGCUUAUGCCUCCAAGAUGCGUCUCUCGGCGGAGGAAACCUGGGAACACCGGGGACCAUCCUUGAAGGGCCCUUGCAAAGAGAUAGCCGAUGUUAUACCGGCAGAGAGGAUGAAAGUUGAAGAUUGA